AUGGCCCGGACGAAGCAGACAGCUCGGAAGUCCACCGGCGGCAAGGCACCGCGGAAGCAGCUGGCCACCAAGGCAGCGCGCAAAAGCGCUCCAGCGACUGGCGGUGUGAAGAAGCCCCACCGCUACCGGCCAGGCACUGUGGCCUUGCGCGAGAUCCGCCGUUAUCAGAAGUCGACUGAGCUGCUCAUCCGCAAACUGCCAUUUCAGCGCCUCGUGCGAGAAAUCGCGCAGGAUUUCAAAACUGACCUUCGUUUCCAGAGCUCGGCGGUGAUGGCGCUGCAAGAGGCGUGCGAGGCCUAUCUGGUGGGGCUCUUUGAGGACACCAAUCUCUGUGCUAUUCACGCCAAGCGCGUCACUAUUAUGCCUAAGGACAUCCAGCUUGCGCGGCGUAUCCGAAACAUUUUUGUUUAGGAGGCAGAAAAGAUGAGAACAAAUGCUUCAGAACCACUCCCUCCUUCCCAGAAGUGAUGAAGCCCUGAAAGAGUAUAAAACAAGACAGGAAACAAAG